AUGGGUUGGUUCUGGGCCGAUGGUCCUGUUGCGCCCGUCAAGGCGAACUACGUCUCCGCGGCGCAUCCUCAUGGUGUCGCUGUCCCUUCCGGACCUCCUCCUCCUGGAUGUCCGAUGCACGAAAAGACUCUCGGCGCCCUGAACCCGAGUACAAAGCCCGCCACCGCACCCGCUCCUCCUUCCGCAUGCCCCGUCCCCCACGAUCAGCGACAGUCCGCCGCGCCGCCGCCGCCGUCGUCAUGUCCCGUGCCGCACGACGCGCCCAAGCCCAAGCCCGAGUCCAAGGGCGGCUUCCUCCAGCAGAUCAACCCCCUGAACUACAUGUUCAAGGAAAUCUCCCAGGCCCCCGCCGAGAACCAGGCCAUCGUCUUGCCCACCGAGCGCGAGCCCUCGACGAUACCAAGGGGCUCCGGCGACGGCAACUGGGAGUACCCCUCGCCCCAGCAGAUGUACAAUGCCCUGCUGCGCAAGGGUUACACUGACACCGAUAUCACCGCCGUUGAGUCCAUGGUCUCGGUUCACAACUUCCUCAACGAGGGAGCCUGGGCAGAGAUUGUCAGCUGGGAGGAGCGCUUCGGCAAGGGCCUGUACAGGGGCUGGCAGGCCUGCCGCCGCGGCGAGGAGAACGCCGACGAUGAGGUCGAGAAGCUCAAAGACGGCUCCGAGACGCCCCCAACCCUGAUCCGCUUCCAGGGCCGCCCCAAGGACAUGACCCCCAAGGCCGUCAUGUGGCAGGUUGCCGGCUGGCUCUAUCCCUCCAAGUUCGAGACCGAGCCCCCCUUUGACCGCCACGACUGGUUCGUCUCCCGCAAGAUGGGCGAUGUCGAGAAGGAGGUCCGCUACGUCAUCGACUACUACUCGGGUGAGCCCGAGCCCACCGGCGAACCCGUCUUCUAUCUCGACGUCCGGCCCGCCAUGACGCCCCUCGGCGCGGCGGAGCGGCUGAUCCGAUGGGGCGGCGACGUGUGGUGGAGGGCCUCGGGCGCCGAGGUGCGCGAGAAGGAACGGCUCGAGAACCAGUGGAAGAAGAGUUAG